AUGGCUGACUAUUUCGAGCGCCUUCAAGAUGAGCGAUGCCCUAUCUACCAACGGGCUUUUCCCAACACAGAUUGGGGUGCUGCUGCACAGGAACUUACCGGCCUGACAACUCUGGCUGAUAAGGUCAAUUACCUGGCGAAUAACUUCCCCGGCAUUGUACGCAUAGCCUGUAUGGGCGGCGGCAAUGACAUUCAGGCGCAGCUCGAGCGUACCCGGAAAGCGUUUGCUCAAAUCCUUAACCAUCCCCACUAUUCCGACAAAACGGGUGCAGACUUGGGGCUGACGAUGUUGUCGCCCACCAUGCUGGACGGCCUGCAGUCAAGAUACGCUGUUACCAGCAGUAGCGUCAAGCUUGGGGAAGUCGCUGCCGUCGCCAAUACCACACCUCAGGUAUACGGAGGAGCCAAGGUCCAUUUUUUGAUUAUGAUGAUGCCGUCCCGGCAGGGUGGCGACGUGUCUGCCAUGCACGCCGAUACCAUUCUUGUCCCCAACGACCCGCGCGACGAACAGUACGUCACGUGCACCUCAAUCUCUUACCCUGAGCCAUUUUUUACCAAGGAACGGCAGGUCCUCAUGGACAGGCUUAAGCUUCAGAAUUUAGACAUUGCCAAAAACGAAGGGACGUUCCAUAAUCUCCUCGUGCACGACAACAUUGGGGUCUGGGGUCCCGAUUGCAUCACCAUAUUCGUAGGGACAGAACACUUUUACCUUACUUCGGUAGAGCUGCUGGCUCAAUGCCGAACACCAGGACUGGAAAAGCCUUACAAUAAUGCACCCAGCAUAUCGCUGUUCCAGCUCCGGAUGAGCUGUUCGGUCAGCUUGACCCGGGAAGAACACAGCGCGCUGAAACGGCUUAAACACCUAAACGACCUGUCGGUAAGCCGAGGGCACGUAAUGAUGAACGGCAGGGGAACGUCGGAAAACUCGUGCUUUUCCCACUGCUUUUACGAUAUCGCCUGUGUCAAAGACGGGUUCUACCCGGCGGGCGAGGUCUGGGCCAAGACGCCCGACGUCCUGCUCAACGAGCUCGUCCAGCGCGCCGACACCGUCUACGUCGCCAAGGAGUUUGGCGGUCACCUGCGGCUCGGCACCUACCUUGACCCGCAGCAUCGGGAGCAGCAUUACGAGGUCGCGUCCGAGGAGGCAGGCGCCAAGGCCAUCCGCGACGUCUUCGAAAGCAAGGCCCUUUAUAACAUUUACAAGGGCGGCUCAACCACCAGCUGGGCCAACAAGUACAUGACGCACGGUGAUGCGCUACCUGAGGACGUUGAACGAUUCUUUACCCACGUUAUGGAUGUAUUUGCGAGCCAUAUCGAGGAGUGGUCGAAUUCGCUGCCCUAG